AAUUGUGCAAUUAUUAAUGGUGUUAACUAACAGCGAGUCAAGGUAGCUUUGUGUGGCUGGACAGCCAGCCAAAGAAUUUAUUUACUCGAAGAUAUUUGCAAAUCGAUUUGCAUAGAGGGAGGGACAGGAUAAGAGAGAGGAGAUGUAAUAUAUUUGUGUUGCAAUAAUUGUUUAAUUUUCUUUUCUGCCAGCAUAUGCUUUCUUUCUCUCUUUCCAGUUGUCCAUGCUCCUCCCAACUUUUUUUUUUAUUGUUUUUUUUUCAUUUUUCACUCCGUGUACUGAGUUCCUUUUACGAUUUCUGAUUGCUCCAAUCCCCAGUUGAUCAUCCACCUUCCUUUCUCUCUCUCUUUCUCUUUCGAUUUCUCUCCCCUCGGUCAGCAGGGAGGGAGGAGAGGAAGGAAGAAACAGCACAGAAUCCAUCAAUUCUACUUGUUGUUGCUGGCGGCAGGUCACCGCCAUGCAGCAGCAGCAGUCGGGAGGAGGCCCACAAUUCCUGGCCGAGAUGGACGCUACUCGACCUCAGGUGCUGGUCGACCCCACACAGCCGCCGCCGCCGCCGCAGCAGCAGCAGCAGCAGCUGGCGGUCGAGAUCCCCUCGCCGAUCAGCUCCCGUCCGCCGCCGCCGCCGCCUCCUCCUCCGGCAGCGGCCAGUUUCGACGAGCUGGGUUCAGCCGUAUCCGGUGCCGUAGGCUUCCCGGACGACGAGGAGGCAGAGCGAGGCGGACCGUCAGGCAGCAGGUGGCCGCGUCAGGAGACGCUGGCGUUGCUCGAGAUCCGGUCGGAGAUGGACGCCGUCUUCCGGGAAGCCACCUUCAAGGGCCCUCUCUGGGAAGAAAUCUCCAGGAAGCUAGCGGAGUUGGGAUACAAGAGGAACGCAAAGAAGUGCAAGGAGAAAUUUGAGAACGUGCACAAGUACUACAAGCGCACUAAAGAUGGCCGCGCCGGCCGCCAGGACGGAAAGACCUACCGUUUCUUUACCCAGCUCGAGGCGCUCCAUGGCGGUAGUGGCGGAGGCGACGCCACCGCGUCCACUGCCAUCGCAGCGCCGCCACUAACGGCAGCGCCACCCACCACAUUUAGCUUCACUACGGCCUCCAUGUCGGCUCCUCCAGCUGCUACAAGAAUCCAACCGUUUCCCGUCUCAUCCGUCGCCCCAUCACUUCUCUCCACGCCGACAAGGCUGGUGCCCGAGCUUGGGGCCCCACCGCGAAUCUCGAGCUCGGCGGCCUUCGCCGCUGCUGCGGCCGGGAUAAGCUUCUCGUCCAACUCUUUGACCUCUUCUACGUCGGACUCUGACUCGGAUGAGGAGAUGGAGGAGUCCGGCGGCAACGCGGAGGCACGGAAGAGGAAGCGGACCAGUAGUGGUUCGGCUCGGCGGCAAAUGAUGGCUUUCUUCGAGGGAUUGAUGAAGCAGGUAAUGGAGCGGCAGGAGGCAAUGCAACAGCGCUUCCUGGAGGCGAUCGAGAAAAGAGAACAAGAGAGAACGAAGCGAGAAGAGGCGUGGUUCCUGCAGGAGAUGGGGCGGCUCAGCCGCGAGCAGGAGCUGCUGGUUCAGGAGCGCGCCAUGGCGGCGUCCCGAGACACCGCAGUUAUUUCUUACAUUCAGAAGAUCACUGGCCAGUCCAUUCCACUACCGCCGUUCUCCUCCUUAGUACCUGCAUCUUCGCACACUUCACAUAAUCCUCCUCCACCGGCGCCGCCUCCACCAGCAAAUCCACAGCAACCACCGCCAUCUAUACUGAAACAUGAGGCCAAGCGUCCCGCACAAGUGGUCACCGACGGCUUAAGGCCUCAAGCCUCGCCGGCAACGCAGCUUACGCCAAUUACCUCUGAGCCGCAAGAGAGCCCCGGGCCAGGCAGCGGUACUGGCUUCGAGCAGGGGGCGUCGUCGUCGAGGUGGCCCAAGGCGGAGGUCCAUGCGCUGAUCAAUCUGCGGAGUGGGCUCGAGUCGAGGUACCAAGAGGGCGGACCAAAAGGCCCUCUAUGGGAAGAGAUCUCCGCCGAAAUGCAGCGCCUCGGGUACAACCGCAACCCCAAGAGAUGCAAGGAGAAGUGGGAAAACAUCAACAAGUACUUCAAGAAGGUAAAGGAGAGUAACAAGAAGCGGUCAGAGGACUCCAAGACCUGCCCUUACUUCGUCGAAUUGGACGCUCUCUACCGCCGGAAGCAGCUCGGCAAUGCCGGUGGCAUCAGCAGCCUAGGAGCUCAGCAGCAGGAACCUUUCAAUACCGAUCCCGGGACUAGUCAAACCGCAAAAGAACAAUUGCCCCUACCAUUAGACCCACGGCUACCCCAGGAGCAGGGCAAGGAUGAAGAAACGAAUGGCGGAAAUUCAGACACUGGAGGAGUAGUUCAUGUUCCAACUAGCAACGGCGGACACACACCCAGCUGCUUCAUGGACGGAGGAUUAACGAACAAGCCAGAAGACAUUGUGACGGAGCUAAUCAUGGAGCAAAGGCAGCAUCAAGGGCUGGAGGACGUGGACGACGAGACCGAGAGCGAAAAUACUUACCCAGAUGACGACCAGCAUCCCGACGAUGAGGCGGACGACGAGGACAGUAAGCAGCAGUACAGGAUACAGUUUCAGCGUUCCACCGGGGGAAACGGGAUUGUGGCAACCACGACGACGGCGGCGGCGGCGGCGGCCUCAGGAAGUUCUUUCUUGGCUAUGGUUCAGUAAAAAUUUGGCACCUUCUUCAACCGGUAAAUUCCCCUUUGUUACCCUUAAUGUAGCAUAUCCCUAACAUAUACACCCUUCGCGUUUACCUUGCCCCGCUCUUGCAUCUUCAUUCAUCCCUCCUCUGUUAUUUUAUUUAUUCAUUUGUUAUGUGCAAGGAAUAAGAAUCCCACCGUGCUAGCCAACAAAUUAACGUUUAUCUCUUACAGACGACGAAGCAAGCUCGGUAGAAACAGAGCUAGAGACGCAAAGUGUAAUUAGAUCUGUUAAGAUGUACUACACUAUUUGCUCAAUAAGAUUUUUGUGCAUGUGCUUCAUUCA